AUGCAUGUUCAAUCAAUUCCUCAGAAAACGUCCCAUUACUAUUUAUCCGCUCCCAACUCUACGACGAAGCCUAAGGGGAUAAUCAGAGAGAUUAUAGUCUUGCAGGACCUUCUUGAUCUUCUCCUAUACGUCAGACGCGGUGGCAUCCAACUGCAACCAUCUUCCCCCCCCUUCCCCCCUUUUCCUCCACCAGCCAAGAGCUUCGAUCUGGGUGAGAUCCUGUCUGGCCUUUUCUGUGUUUCCCUCAGCGGCAUUGACCCGGUUGCCGGCUCUCAGGACUGUUCUGCAAUGGCGGCUUCGAACCCGGACGAUGCGCCAGUGUUAAACCAGACAGGAGAAUCUGUCAUAAUCAUUCGUGGCUUAUUUACUUCUCUCUCUUUUGCGUGCUGCGCGAAGGUGCUUUUAGACAGCUGGCUACGAGAUUCGCCGCGGGGGGAGAUCACAUUUUUAUCAAGAGGAGUGGGCGGUGGAAAGCUUUUCUUCGCAGAAGCUGAAGCUGAAGAAGAGGAACUCGAACAGUUCGUCCACAAAACUCCACUCUGGGGAAUCCUAAGCCCCGCAAUUAGCGUGUUCAGCCGGAUGAAGGGUCAACAGCACCAGACGCCAUUCUUCCCCACUAAUUACAUGUCAGCAACCAAGCAUGACAAUAUCUCCCGGCCGAGGAUGUCCAGGGUAGGUACAAUCGGUGGUGGGCAGGCUUCUGGACAUUUAUCAGCUUCAACUAACCAUUCAACGCAAGUAACACCGUCUCCAUCUCACACUUGUGCAAUCAGUGGAGCAACCAGGAGAUUACAACUUUUCUUGAUGCGGUUGAGUUACGCAGGGUAUAAAAUGAUGAAAUCCGUCGAGCAAGGAAUCACAGAGACAAAUAUUUAA